AAGAGAAAAAAAACGAGACGAAAAGAAGAUGUCGUGAGACGAAUAAUUCGGGUGAUAUCAAAUAUAAAGAAGAACAUGGGGCAGAAGAGGUAUCAAAGAACAAAGACCAAGAAAAAAGAAGCGAAUGGAAGAUAUAACUUCAGAGUAAUACAAUGUGAUCAUUUGGUCUUUAAAUUGGGGGGUAAAAAGAAGAAGAAGAAGAGGAGUUCGAUAGAAGCAGGAAGAGGAGGGGGUAAAAAAAAACGAUCCUAAUAACAAUUUU